AUGCUUUCCGUCAGUGCAGUACCUACGAUACUAUAUGGCAAUUCUAGUGCAAUAUUCAACGACCCUCGAGAUGAUUCCUCGUCUUACAGGGUCAAUUUGGCUCUUGUGGUUAUUUUCCUCAUAGUUUCCACACACUCUAUCUCACCACCCUGUGAGAAAAUAAUCGAAGAGGCAGAGCGGACAAAUCGUCGCAACGGACAUGAAAAUGCCGGCUUCCUGUCUAAAGAGGCAGCCUUUUCGCCUCUGCAAACAAUAAAGGCCCUCCCGCCUUCCCAUGCACUAUGGGACCAACUCGCCGCCGACCUCCCUCGUCUGGUCCAAACCCAGACUGUCCGAGAGACUGUAACCAAGAUGCCACUGCUUGACGCGUCCACCAAAACAUUACCCGACAUUUACCUCCAGCGGGCCGCCACCAUCCUAGGAAUGACAGCGCACGUGUUUGUCCGCAUGGAAGGAAGCGAGCCUCUCACAUUGAAAUACGACAGCCAUAGCGAUAUACUGCCGCCAACGCUUGAGAUCCCGUGGACGGUACUGUGCAGACGUCUUGGGCGACCAGCACCGGCUCUCACCUACGUGGACGGGGUGGUAUCGAAUUUCACAUCAACCAGCUUGUCGCACAGUGGGGUGGCGCUCGAUAACUUGGAGUUGCUCGUUCCAACCGUCGGCACGAAGGAAGAGCACACGUUCGUCGGUAUAAUGAUUGAAAUAAACGCCAAGACGAUACCAAUUCUCCAUCAGGUCAUAGAGGCGCAAAGAUCCGUCUUAGCGAAAGAUUCCUUCUCGCUCAAAGACGCAAUACGAAGGCUUCACGCACUCUUAAGACAAAUCACCGAGACUCUGGAUAAGCUCCAUGCGAGCCGAGCACACAAGUCCCAUAUCGAUCCCGUGCUAUGGACCCUCACCGUAGGGAAUUUGGGAAUCCCGUGGGUGAAAGGCAUGGUUGGGGCGGCAGGAACAGCGCACCCAUUGUUUCACAUGAUGGAUGAAUUUACCGGACGAUUUGAAUAUAACACUGGUAUCGGCCAAGAAGCGCAAAUCGUCCGAGCUACGUAUCCUAUCCAUUGGCGACAGUUUCUCGAGGCUAUGAAGGAAGUGUCCGUCACAGAAUACAUUGCUCUCUCAAAGGAUAGAGAGUUGACGUAUCUCUGGCAAACCUUUACAUCCUCGUACCACGGCAACGACGGUUUACUGGGAUUCCACCGGCGAAAGGUGUUCGGGUUCCUUGCUGUCUCAUUCAGGAUUGGUCGAAGUACAACCAUCAACGGUCUGGGUCGCAAGCGCAGGACCGAGCCCUGGCACGAGGUCGAUCAGGAAUUGGAAAAGGCACGUCUAGAACGCGGAUGUCUCGACCCAGAUGAACACAUUCCGGAUACCGUGCCCAGCUCAAAUAAACUCUUCAUGUCCCAGCUCCUAAAACAUAACUCGGAAGAAACUGGUUAUUGGUUCUCGGCCAAGGGGAGUGUAUACGACGCGAGCGCAUUCAUGCAGAGCCAUCCAGGAGGAGAUACUGUGAUUGCGUUGUGCAGUGGUCAAGACGUUACCGACAGCUUGAAGGCAGUCGGUCAUUUGACGAAUGCUUCGAUCCGAAAUAAAAUGGAAAGCUAUCGGAUAGGGACGCUGGAAAAGCCGAAAUUCGCCUCUUCACAUGCGGAAGAGGUUUACAUGGCCGCCGUUGAUCUUGGUCAAAAGGCAGCCGAAAUGGAAAACGUGCAGCGGAGGAAUUUCCGGUUGUUGAAUGGGAAACUUACCAUCCUGGACGAACCGGAGACUCUCACGCCUAAGAAGGCACGACACUUGCUUGAUGCGAAGAAUAGGCUUCGAGAUGAGCAUGUGCCGGGUUUGGCGACGCUUUUGGAUUCCCUACUCGAUAGUAUCGCCAAGUUUGAUAUGAAGCUUGAUCUGAGUGCCGUUCGUGCGCAAACUGUCGGCCUUGCUAUGCCAGAAACAGGCCUCGGCACGGCAACUCGUUUCUUGAACUAUGAAAUGGUACUAGACACGCUGCAGGAAGACUUGAGUCGGUUGACUGAAGUAAAAGAGCUUGCUGCAAUGGUGCUUGGGACUUUCGAAAACCCUGGAUUCACAUAUUCUGGGCAAAGUCGGCUUGAAUCUAUUGUGGACACAUUAAGUAGAGUAGCAAGUCAAUUGAUAGUCCUUGGGGAAUGA